GGUGCCCUGCGCAUCUAUUACGUCAGGCCGUAGCUGCUUAUUCAACCGUCGUUUAACAGAUUGUAUCAAGUUUGUUGUCUCAUUGAUCAGUUUCAGCGAAACGAGUGAGAACAGUUUAAAUUAUUGCAAGCAUGAAUAAAUUAGACGAGCUUGCGCUUCAACUUCGUUUCAGCUCGAAACAGCUGGAGCGAAUGUCAAAACGGUGCGAAAAGGAGGAACGCGAAGAAAAGACAAAAAUCAAGAAGGCCCUCGAAAAAGGUAAUACGGAAAAUGCAAAAAUCUAUGCAGAGAACUCGAUUCGAAAGCGAAAUGAGGCUACAAAUUUUCUUCGGAUGGCAGCUCGCAUCGAUGGAGUGGCGUCCCGGGUAAAAAGUGCGGCCGCGAUGAAUCACGUCUUAAAGAAUAUGGGCAGCGUGGUCAAAAAUUUGGACAAGGCUAUUAACGCCAUGGACCUACAGAAGGUAUCGAGUAUUAUGGAGAAGUUUGAGGAACAAUUUGAAAGUUUGGAUAUUCGAUCAUCGGUGAUGGAAGACACGAUGGGCUCGACCACGGCAACUUCGACGCCCCAAGGACAGGUCGACGCGCUAAUUCAACAGGUAGCCGACGAAAAUGGGCUUGAACUCAAAGAGAAGCUUUCGACUCCAGCGGCCACUGUUCCCACGGACAAUAUUGUAUCAGGCGUGAGGGCCACAACUCAGGAAGAGGACGACGCCCUGGCAAAACGACUCGCUGCCUUACGUAACUAAUUUGGCCGACGAGAUCUCGUUGAUUGUUCCAGCGCUUCAACAGAAGUGUAGACCUAUUUAAAUAUCAGUAAAGGAAAGUCCUCGCCAUGUCGACCCCAUACAACAAACCUGAGUUGUGAGCGUACUGCUAUUAUGAAUUGCGGUACACCUCUGCAGAAGGCUAUUUUAUAAAAAUAUUAAACGUCUUCAGGGUGCCUCGAGAUGGUACGCAGUUCGCUGCGGAAGAACAUUACACUACUACCGAUGAUGCUUUAGUACAGUGUAUUUAUGUAUAAUUCGUCGACAGCCGGAUGGGGUAUAAACAAAAUAUUUUAUGUGGAUAUAUACUAACCUCAAAAUGAAUCGUGACCAUUGAGAAAAAGCCUUUUGUAUUUCUCCUUUAUGUUUGGUUUAACACACGAAAGUUGUAUUCCUUAAUUCCGCUCUAUUUUUUGCCGGUUAUGGGAUCAGCUGAUACUAUUAAACAAAUUUCCAUUUUUCUUUCCGCGCUACUUUUAAAGCUAACUUAAAAAAUUCCAGUUAUUUAUUGGAUCGCUAGACAAACUUGACUGGCGUACCGUAUCAGCCAAAAAUUGCGUAGUUUGCACAACGCCAAAAGAUUCAUUAUCCAAUAAGCUGCCGAAAUGUGUAUACGACGAAUCGUUAAAUAUUUUCUGUUAUAUCUCAGGCAUAACAACUCAUCCUAAAUUUUGCAACGGCGUACUCCCAUUUUGCUGUCCGCGCACGUAUUAACCAUGUUUAUAUUGUCUGCUAGCAGGAAAAAAAAUGUUUUGAUUUCUUAGAAAUCAUGCCAAUACUGCUUGGCUAUAUCUUCAUAAAAACGUGACCAUCAUCACAUUGGGUUUCUCAUGCGUCGACAAAGCUAUCAUUGUGUCAAUCAAUAAUCAAUGAAUAUGUUACACGAGGACGGUCAAGGCUGAUGGUCCUAGGAUUACUUGCGUAUGUUAUUUUUGCUUCUUUACGAAUUGGGUUAAUUUGAUUGCAGAAUGUACAAUGUAUAUAUUUCUAUAUGAUGUGAUACCAGGUAAAGCGUUGUUGCACAUGCACGUUAGUUUUUAGAAGGAUGAGUGCAUAUAAUGACAUAGGUGGCCGUGAAUUAGUCUAAUAAUCGAAACUGACUAGUAGCAAAUUAAUAUAAAACGAUGAAAUAAGAAAAACGUAUGUUUGCUGCAGUAAUUAUAUAGGAAUACCCAACUAGGAUGACAAUAUACUUGAAUGAAUAGUCUAGUGGUUUAAUGCAGAGCUCGAUGCCUCAUUUGUGCUGAUCU